UCGGGAUGAUGAAGAAGUGCGAGCUAAAGUCACAUGGCUUCAUGACUUCAAUCCCGACGGAGUCAUCAUCUUCCCGAGUGAUGGAAGCCAGUGUAGCUCGACUAUCUCGGACUCGAUGAUACUCCUCUACCGUGUUGUCACAACUUCCUCCUUGCCAGUGGCCCCGAGGUUGCUUGUCCAAAAUCAGUGGAUAUCAUCUCCAAGACAACGGAUGGAUAUCCAAAUCGCAAGUCCCAAAUGUUAUAGAACAACCCUCAUUGGCCCAACCAAUACCCAUCCCAUCGGACCAGUAAACUCACACGCAUCACCAGCCCUGACAUCCAAAACCCCUCCAAAAUACCCCCUCCCUAGAUGCACAGCAAUUCGCUACACUGAUUCGCGAAUUCUCAAAAAGAAAAAAUGCACUCCAAAAUCCAAGAAAAUGGAAACCCAAAACCUCCAACAACGAAUUACAAAACUCACCAGUGGAAUAAAGUGCCCCUCUUGGUCAGAGAAACCCUCUGUGAAAGCCCUCGCCAUGCACACUCCCCCAAUGAACCCUCCUCCCACCCCCUCGGUACCAACCUAGCCCAAGCCCCAGACAGGUCCAGCUCAAAUCUGUCACCGCAGCAUCUCCCAUGGAAGCACUAGUCAGCCAUACUCCUCUCUCGCGAUACUCGAUAGGGUGACCUGGCCCAUA